GCAGCGCGCGCGGACACCGGCCAGUUCACAAGCUAUAAAACUCGUGAUGGACGUCUCUCUUUUCUCUCUCUCACUUGGCUCCUUUUACAAACUUCAUCUUGAUUUUUUAAUAGGCUUUUCUCAGACUGACUAAAAACACAAAGCGUGUAGUCUGAUAACAGGAGUUUACUUCUUCUGGAAAUAUUUUUUUCUUCUGGAAAGACUUAAGGACUGAUGGAAACCUAAUGUCGCAUUUUGAUUCAAAGGAAGUUUAUUUCUACCUGUGCUGAUAUAAGUGAAAAUGUUGUUUAGGUGGAGUGAUCCAGACUUGGAUAAUAUACAGUGGAUCUCAAAUGGAAUGAAUCUCUAAGGUUAUUGGUGCCCAUCCCAUAGCCUGGAGAUGUUAGCCAUUCAGCACUACAACAAUUCAGCCCUGGUUCUUGGAGAGCAAUUCGCCAAUCAGACGCAGAAGUUAUCUGUGGAGACAGAGGUGCCAUGCAUGGAAAACCUGACCACCCCCUCAACAAGCCCUAUGAUAGCUGGCCUAUCCAUGACACUGGGCAUUGUGUCCAACAUUAUAGCACUGAUCAUCCUGGCCAAAGCUUACGCCCGCCGGCGGAAACAUUCGAAGGCCACCUUUCUGCUCUUCGCCAGUUCCCUAGUGGCCACGGACCUCGCCGGUCACGUAAUCCCUGGUGCCCUGGUCCUGCGGCUUUACCAGGCCGGCAAUGCCGGGCCGCCCGGAGAGCCCGACGCCAUUUGCCAUUUCUUGGGCGGCAGCAUGGUGUUUUUCGGCUUGUGCGCGCUGUUUCUCGGAUGUGUAAUGGCAGCUGAGAGGUGCAUGGGCGUGACACAGCCUCUCGUGCAUGCCCGCAUGGUAUGCACUGCCUACACCAAGAUAGUUCUGGUGAUUAUAUGGUCUUUUGCUUUAUUUAUAGCACUUUUGCCCUCCAUCCAUUUGGGUAGAUAUACCUACCAGUACCCAGGGACCUGGUGCUUCAUUAAGGUGUUAGACAAGGACACAACCAUCACAGAUGUGAUAUUUGUGCUGCUCUUCUCUGGACUAGGACUGACGUCACUGGCCGUGGCAUUUAUAUGCAACACAAUCAGCGGUGUGACGCUGGUGAUCGCCCGUCUCCGCCAGAGGACCUCCCACCGGAGAUCAGCCAAAUCACAUGACAUUGAGAUGGUGGCACAAUUGGUGGGCAUUAUGGUCACUUCUUGUAUCUGUUGGAGCCCUCUGCUGAUCUUUGGGCUGAUGUCAGUCAUCAAGUCAUACCGUGGUUGCAUGAGCGAUGAUCUACAGUCCUACCAGACUUUAUUGGUAUUGGGAGUGCGUCUUGCUUCCUGGAACCAGAUUCUGGACCCUUGGGUGUACAUUCUUUUACGCCGGGCCAUCCUCAGGAAGAUCUACCGUUUGACCACCGGCCGAAAUACCAAGAGGGGGAGCACAUUCCGGCGCUGGGAGAUUAGCUCCUUCCAGAACUCGAUUAAUCGGAAAAACGCAUUUAAUCUAAAAUGAUAAACUGUGAUUAAGGUUUGGCACGUAAAAGAGACAUGCAAUGGUAAAUAUUUAGAGGAAAAUCAGAACUCGUAAGGAUCGUAUUAACCAAAUAUUUGCACUGUAGUGUCACGGAAAGAAGGCAAUACACCUGUGCUCAAAUCAUGAAUGUAGGAGCAGCAUACUGGAAGUUAAACUCAAGCUAUAUCAGCAAAACGCUGGUUAGAGACAUUUAUCAGAGCAUUUAUCAAUCAUAAAUGCUAAAUAAAAUGUGAAAUGUGACUGUGAGUUUGACUAACAUCUGCAUGUUUUCUUUUUUUACUAAGUGAUGGCCAGUAAAACUAAAUUUCUUGAUAACAAAUGACAUUUUAAAAAUGUGAUAUGAUUUUUUAAGAACUGUUUUCAACUUGAAAAAUAUGAAAUCAGAUUACAAAUAUUCUCUGCCAUAGAAGUCACAAUAAGAAAAUGUGUUGUUUGUUCCUACCUGUAUGUAAUAGAUAUUCAGGGUCAACAUCCACAAUCCAUUGUAAUUUGUAAAUCUGUCAAUUCAUUGUUAUGAUCUCUGUAGUAACUUUACUCAAAUCUCAAGCUUCCAGGUGUAUUUCAUAUUUUUGUAUGCUGUUUUCAGCAUGGUGUAAGUCAAAAAAUGACAAAUAAUAAAAUGUGUAAAUAUUAUAGCAAUGUAAAGGCAGAGCUUUUACUUGUUCAGAAGUAUAAACAAAAUGUUAUUAUGGUUUUACUCUUGUUGUAUCUGUAUAUGUGUGUUUACCUUAAUUAUUUGUGAUCUUGUAAAGUAAAAGGAAUGGUAAAUAUA